UUUUCAUUCAACAAACUGACGUUAUUGACAUAUUUACAAGUAUUCAUACAUAUUUGCUUAAAACGGGCGCGCGAAAUAUCGCUUUUAAAACUGUAAUGCGAUUUGCUGUUAUUUUCUCUAGUUUUGAUGAACGAUGUUGAAUUUAACAUAAUUAUUAAAAAUACGUCUUAGAUUAGAUCGAAGUGGAUUCUAACAUUCAUACUCGUAUACAUACAUACAUAUGUCAACUACCUGCUAAAUAGUGUACCGAAAAGAAUAUAUUUCGUCGAAGUAUAAAUGAAACGAAGGUUAACUUCUCAGUAAAAUAGCAUAAUCUUUAUUGAUGUAUACUGCAAAUCACGAGGAGUGCAAUAUAGUAUAUCUAUAAUACGGUACGUGCGUGCAAAAUCGUUACAAAACAGAAACCAUCUGCAUUCAUUUUUGUUAAAAGCAUAUAAAAAGAACAUUUCGGAAUAGCAUUGAGUGCGCACAAGAACAGAUCGUAAUGGAUUAGCAGAGCUCUUAAUGUUCAGGAAGAAAUUUACGCUGUACGAAUCUGUAUUCACAAGACUGUCUGCAGGCAUGCGAUCGCUUGCAUUAGCAGAAUUCAUUUUACCUACCCUUAUUUUAGCGUCCAAAAGGUUCAUUUAAAGUACAUAUAACAGCAAACAACUUCGUAGCAAAGAUCAUUCACGUCUGUGCAAUCUAUACGUUCACACAAAGUGCAUAUCCUAAGCAACAAACUAUUGCGGUGUCAAGUUUUAAUUUAAAAUAGUGACUCCACAUACAACGAAAAAUGGAUCGCAAUUCAAUGCAUAUUCAAACGGUUAAUCGGCAUGUUACCCAUAAUACAAACCAUCAACAGCCUGUUACAGUAUAUACAAAUGCAGACAGAUCUAGUGAAAUACAAUAUUGUUAUGAACGUCCUAUGAUGUUGAAUACUUGGACGCAGACCUCAAAUGCGGAUCUUGGAAUUAGUGACGAUUACAUGCAAAAUAUGUACAUUGAGGAGCAAAAACAAAGGGAGAAAAUAUUAUUAGAAAGAAUACGUGAUCUUGAGUCUAAAGUACGUGUUCAGUCAGAAAUUAUUUCUCAACAAUCUUCAAGUGGGCGUGGCAGAAACUCAUAUUCACAAAAAAUACGAAACUCACGUGAAAUAAUUGUAAAUCCAAUACCAGUACAAAUGCAUGAAAAUCAAUCACAUCAUAUGCAAAGGCAACAGCAGGAUCAAUAUACAGCAACACAAUUUCAAGUAUAUAAUACAGAGGUGAGUUCAAGAAAUGUACAUUGUGAGGAACAGCAAUCUCCACAACAACGCUCAGAGCCGACGCAUCAUUUCCAGAACAGUAUGCAAACACAAUAUAUGCCACAAAAUGUCAACGUUGCUAUACAACACCAAGACGUGCAUACUGUCACAAAUACUAUACAAAGUGUCCGACCACGUAAGGUGAAUUACACGAUAAUAGCUGAUGGCAAUGUCAACGGACACGAUGGCCCUAUAGAGAUUGAAAUUGCCGAAGAAGAAAAUGGAUUAAAUUUAAAUGGUUCCGCUGAUUCUGAACGUUUAGAAAUUUGCUUGGCAGAGGAAGCGCAGCAAACUACAGCAAAUGAUAAUGAUAUUAAGUUCGAGCAUAAUGGGGAACAGAGAUUGUCCACCCAAUUACAACAACAAAAUACUAUUACGCCAGGCACUAGCUCGAAGCGUUUUAAAAUGUCUACAGAAAAUAUUUCACAAUACGCCGAUCAAAACAAAUGUGAAAGUCCAGAAUCCACACAAACUGUAUCACAUUAUUCAAAUACUCGUGCAGUGACAGAAACUUCACCAACUGUACCACAAUAUCCAGAUUCACAAAAUUGUGAAAUAACAGAACAACAGCAGGUAAUAACUGCUAACGAUAACCACUCCAAUGUACCAGCUAAUGGAGGUGAAAUAAAACACGAUGGACAGGAAGAAAGAGCUAUGCGAAAAUCAGACUUGAAACAGAAUUCUUACACAUCGAUUGGACCAAACAAUACACGCGUACCGAUCAAGGUUUUCGAUAAUGUUAACUGGGAUAAUCCAUCAAUGGCCACAAGGAAACUUAUGAUGGCAGUUUUCGAUCGUGAAACCUUAGCCACACACUCAAUGACUGGAAAACCCUCGCCAGCUUUUAAAGAUCAUAAUAAGCCACUUAAGAAAAUGUUAAACCCUUUGGUUAUACAAGACAUUAUAUUUGCAGUUACUCGACGUUGUAGAGUAUCCGAUAAAGAGGUUCGUAAUGCUAUCACCACCAAGUGUGCGGAUGAAAAUAAAAUGUGGAAAUUAGCACAGGCCAAAUUCAAGCCAUUUACAGAGCAAAACAAAGAAAAUGUUGCUUGAUGUACAUUAUUUAGGUUAUUAGAAUACUUGUCAAUACUUCUGCAGUUACUAAAAAAGUAUUUAAUUAUAUACCGCCAAAUAAAA